CUGUGAUCCUGCAGGACGAAAAAGCUGCUGUGGUUCACAGUCUGAGCAUUGUGAGAGUGUCUGCCGAGGAUCACAGUGGGAGCUGCUGACAGAUGAACAUGAAGAUGUUUGUGGUGUUUGUGAUCCUCAUGCACGUUUCCCAGCAUGCCUCAGCUGUGGAGCUGUAUGAGGGGGACUCUUUCAUCCUGCCCUGUCAGUUUGACACUUUAACACUGAGUGACCCCACAGUGGUGUGGAGCCGCUCCGACCUCAGUCCUUCAACCGUCCACCAGCGUCAGCUGCAAGGAGACGAGCUGAAAGAUCAGAACGAGCGUUACAGCGGCCGAACAUCCAUGAAGACUGACGCUCUGGAGACUGGAGACCUCAGCCUGAAGCUGACCGACCUCCAACUGUCUGACAGCGGCACCUACACCUGCUCUGCUGGAGACCUUGGAGAUGAACAAAGACUGACAGAUGUACAGCUGCAGGUCAAAGAACUGUUUCCAUCCUGGGCCAAAGCUCUGAUGCUUCUCCUGGUUCUUCUUGUUGUGGUUUUUGUGGGUCUUUUAUUUCAUUUCUGGGAGCAUUUCAUGUCAGGUUACCAGGUGGAGGUGGACUCAGGGGGGGAGUCUGUCCAGCUGCCCUGCAAAUCCACAGUUUGGUUAUCCAAAGAUGCUAAAGUGGAGUGGAAGGACAGAGACAACAGGAAGGUCCACAUGUAUCAGAGCGGCUCUGACCGGCCUGAAGAACAGCACGACUUUUACAGAGGACGAACGAAGAUGAAGAGAAACCUUCUGAAACCUGGAGACCUCAGUCUGACCCUGAAACACCCCACAAAGACAACCACCUACACCUGCACCAUCUGCAGCAGUGAGGGAAAGAUCCUGAUGGAGAAACAAGUAGAGCUUAAUGUCAGAGUCCCACAAGUGGAGGCGGAUUCAGAGGUGAAGUCUGUGCAGCUGCCCUUCAACACCACACAACACCUGCCUGAAGACUGUAAGGUGGUGUGGAAGGAUGGGAAAUCCAGGACAGUGCACAUGUAUCAGCAGGGCUCUGACCAGCCUGAAGAACAGUACCGGGCCUACAGAGGCCGGACGAAGAUGAGUGAAGACCUGCUGAGAAGCGGAGACCUCAGUCUGACCCUGGAACAGCCCACAGACUGGGACAGUGGAAGUUUCAGCUGUAAAGUCUGGAGGAACAGAAACAUCCUCAGAGCCAAAUCACUGCUGCUCAGAGUCAAAGCCUGUCAGGUGGAGGUGGAAGAGGGGGCGGAGUCUGUUCAGCUGCCCUUCAAAACCACAGGAAACCUGCCUGAAGAUGCUGAAGUGGAGUGGAAGGUAAUAAAAGACACAAAAGUCCAUGUGUAUCAGAACGGCUCUGACCAGCCUGAAGAACAGCACCAGGAUUACAGAGACCGAACGAAGAUGAAUGAAGACCUGCUGAGAACUGGAGACCUCAGUCUGACCCUGGAUCAGCCCACAGAGAGAGACAGUGGGAGAUACAUCUGUGAGGUCAGGAGGAACGGACACAUCAUCAGAUGGAAAUCAGUGCUGCUCAAAGUCAAAGGGAGAGCUCAAUUCCAGGAUCAAACAGGGAUCAUUGGGAACAGAAGCAGCUCCAUUGAUCCGACUCCUCUGAUGGCUGAUCAAUCAGUUUGAUCUGUUUGUUCUUUGAUUAUUGAUCAGUGAUGUCAGAGUGGAGUCAGUGUGAUGUUGUUGUUGUGUGUUUGAGUCUUUUAGUUUCCAUGAAGGUCUCUGCUGCUGUAGAUCCUCUGAACUGUGACAGAGGUCUCACUCUGGAGGAAACUCUCAGCACUUUCCAUCGUGGAGGACGUUCCCUCACUGGAACAGGUGGAGGAGAGAGGAGAGGAAGCACAGGUGGAUGCUCUGAGGAGGAGGAGCACAACAUGAUCACAUGAUCAGAGGGGCGUGGCCUUCAGUGGUCACAUGUUCCACUUUGAAGGCUCAUCUCCAACAAAGCAGACCUGUGAUCACUUUAACUCACUAUGAUGGAUUGUUGCCAUUUGUCUUUGUGUCUCUGCUGCUUUUCUUGUGUGUCUGUGUGUCUUUGGGAUAUUGGAUAGAGUCAUGUGACCCUCUCAGGGACUACAGAUGGAAAUGAGCAGUUUGGCUCCAAUCUGGCAACUUUCAAUGUUUACAUUGAUGUCCAUGAACAUGCACUGUCCCUGUGACAUCAAUGCAGAUUAAAAACAGCUG